GUUGCACAAAUCGUUCCCGUUUCAAACCAACUCGCUCCUCGUUGUCGUCAGUUAUUGCAUAAACUUCUGCUAACGAAGAUGAAACUGUGGCUGCCUGUCUUGGGUUGCUUGCUACUAGUAGUGCUCGGGGUGAAUAGUAUAGCGUUCACUGACUUUCAGCUGUACGUGAUCACCCCAGCGACACCAGAACAGUUGGACAAGGUGCGCGAGUUGGAGCAAGAUGGAAACUACGAUUUCUGGGAUGUUCCACGGUUGAACCGGAAGGCCCGAGUAAUGGUUAGCAAUUAUGCCGAGGCCAAGUUCGAGAAGUUUUUGGAACAGUAUGAUAUUGAUUACGAUUCUGUCAUAGGAAACGUUCAACAAAUUCUGGAUAAAGAACGACGCACUAACGAUGAUUUUUACAAACGAUCGAAACGCAAUGCUGCAGACACAAAAGCGGUCGUGGACUUUGACCACUAUUGGACAUUGGAUGAAAUAUACACAUUUGUUGACGAUCUGGCGACAAGUAAUCCAUCCGUUAAGUCAUUCGAAAUCGGGAGAACUCCUGAGGGCAGACCUAUCAAGGCCUUGACGAUAUCCAAAACAGGAGAGGUAACCAAAACGCGUCCAGUUGUUUUCAUGGACGCUGGAAUUCAUGCACGGGAAUGGGCUGGAGUCAUGUCGGUUGUGUAUAUGAUUGAACAGUUUACCAGUCAUCCGGAACAAUACGCAGAUCAGCUAGAUAACACUGACUAUGUUAUUAUCCCUGUGCUUAAUCCAGAUGGAUAUGUCUAUACGCACGAAGUGAACCGAUUGUGGAGGAAGAAUCGUGUCCAGAACAACAUCUUGUGUGCUGGAGUUGACUUGAAUCGUAACUUCCCGUUCAAGUGGGCUUUCACCAGUAAUGCUUGCACAAAUACGUUUGCUGGCAUGGAAGCUGCAACGGAAUCGGAGACGCAAGCCAUGAUGUCGUUGAUGGACCAGUACAAAUCAGCUAUGACUUUAUAUAUUGCCGUUCAUACGCACGGUGAAAUGAUACUGUGGCCAUGGGGCUAUGACUUUGUGCAUUGCGAUAAUUGGGAAGAGCAUGAUAAUUUGGGUAAAGUUGCUCAGAAGGCGAUCAAGGAUGUAGGAGGCAAUGAGUGGAUAGUUGGAAAUUCGGCUGAUGUGUUGUAUAGGGCUUCCGGGGCUACGGACGAUUACGCUUUCAGCAAUGGUGCCAGGUUGGCUUACACAAUUGAGCUCACUGGAGGUGGAUUAGAAGGAUUUGAUUUGCCAGCUUCUGAACUGGGCAAAGUGACUACUGAAACGAUGGAAAUUUAUAAGGCUUUUGGAAAGUAUGCAGGAACAUUGCCUUUGCCGACAUCAGAUGCCUAGAUAAGUAAAAUAUAAUAUCGAAUUUAGAACAAAACUUCAUCAACAGGGAUCAAAAACCACAACCUUCUUUAACAUUCCAUAAAUAUACUGCAAUCAGUACGUUACCACUUGAAGACAAUACAAUUUGAAUCAAUGGAUUCACAGA